AUGCGCCCAGGUCGUGCUGGGAGUGGGAAUGAGGGAGGCAGGGCAGGGCCGCAAUUCUCGAACCAUUUUACGCCUCCCGCGACUCCUUCUCCUCCACAAUCCGAACAUGGGCAUGAGAACGGCGACGACGAGAGAUCCAUCACGGCACAUGGCCGCGAAUGUCUCGACGGCUGGAACGAUGCGAAGCCCAAGACGCUGCUGUUUAGUGGAUUUCGCACGGAGCGACUGACAUUAUCGACUACAACAUCGCUCCUACCUCCGUGUUCGAUCAUAAGAUCCAGCAACAUCUCCUUCUCCUCCUUAGCAUACUUCGCAAACUUCCCCUCAGCUAUCCAGGGUUCCGUCACACACUUCACGCCCGCUGAUCGCGGGGUUUCCAGCUAUACGUAA